GGCGCAAUGGAUAGUUUCCGGGUCUGAUGGGGUUGAGAAACUUUUGAAGUCGCUCUUUGUUUUCUAUUUGGGCUGUAUUUCUCUGGUUAGUUGCUGAGAUGAAUCGUUUGUUCGGCAAAUCGAAGCCCAAGGCGCCACCUCCGAAUUUGACGGACUGUAUUGGCACGGUGGAUGGCAGAGCAGAAUCGAUUGAUAAGAAAAUUUCUAGACUUGAUGCAGAGCUGGCGAAAUAUAAAGAUCAAAUGAAGAAAAUGAGAGAGGGGCCUGCAAAGAAUAUGGUAAAGCAGAAAGCCCUGAGAGUGUUAAAACAGAAGCGAAUGUACGAAAACCAACGGGAUAAUCUUGCCCAGCAAUCCUUCAAUAUGGAACAAGCCAACUAUACAAUCCAGUCCCUAAAAGAUACAAAAACAACGGUUGAUGCUAUGAAGCUAGGAGUGAAGGAAAUGAAAAAAGCUUACAAGGAAGUAAAAAUUGAUCAAAUUGAUGACCUGCAAGACCAGUUGGAAGAUAUGAUGGAAGAUGCUAGUGAAAUUCAAGAAGCAUUGGGUCGUAGUUACGGAACCCCAGAGAUAGAUGAAGAUGACUUGGAGGCAGAAUUAGAAGCACUGGGUGAUGAACUUCUAGCUGAUGAAGACAGUUCCUAUCUUGAUGAAGCUGCAAGUGUUCCAUCAAUUCCAGAGGGCAUGCCAACUGAAGUGAAAAACAAAGAUGGGGUACUUGUGGAUGAAUUUGGACUCCCACAGAUUCCUGCAACAUAAUUAUGAAGUUCAAAAGGAAUGUUUUUUCAUUUACAUUUCUGAGCAAAAACAAUGUGGGGGUUGAAUCUAUACUUUUGCAGUAUCAAGUAAAUAACACUAUGUUAUGAAAUAAAGAAUGAACGAUAAUGUUUCUAGAAAAUACAGCACUAUAGAUUUUUUAUUAAUGCCAAUAAAUUAACAUUACUUUUCUUUCUGUAUCAUAUAUUCAGAGUUCUAAAAUUUGGUUUUGUUGUUUGUGUAAAAGUAGUACAUAAAAAUAUUUAUAGCUUAUUUGUUAUAGAUUAUUGUGCUUCUGUUUUUGAAUUUACCACCCCAUUUAAUUGUAGGGUGAUUGCACUGUAUAAUCCAUUUGGACAUAAGCUGAUUAUUACAAAGAGCAACUUGAUUUAAUUGUGUGAUUUUUUUAAAAAGGUGUUUGACUCAGUUAUUAUAAAUUCCAACAUGUUAAAAAGUUCAUCAGAAGUGUUUCUAGCUGGUAUGUAUCAAAAUAAGCCUAUAUUUUUUUCAACACAAAUUAUUUAUAAAUAUGGUUUGCAUUGAAGAACAUAACCCUGAUUAAUGGCUUAUUUGAUAGGAGAGUCACUUUGAAAAAAGAGGAGAUGACAGUAAGUAGUUCUAGAUUUUAACCAAGUUUUGUGCUUAUGCUGUGGUAUAAACUUGAAACAAAAUGUUUUGGGUUGUAAUAGACAGUUUUACCUAAGAUUGCCAUAGUUGAACAUCCAAACUUCCAAAAACAGUGGUUGAUGUAAACCUAGGAUCUAGAAUUGCCAUGGAUGCAAUUCUACUUAGUGAAGUUCAGAUUGUUGCAGCAUGCCUCUCUGCACAAGAGCAGUGACCAGAGAUCAAAUUUAAGCCAAUUCACCAUCUGAAGAUUAAUGGUCUUAGCACACUGGAGGUGGUUUUCUCAAAUCUGGUCAACAUUUUUAUUAUCACUGGCCUGGUUGAAACAUAGAAUAACCAUUUCCCAGUCAAUCAGUAAUGUACUUCUAGGGUUCUCUUCUCAUGCUCGAGCCUGUAGCAUUGUAUUUGUAUGUGGAUUAGUUAUGAGAAUUUGAGUGAUGAAAUGUGAACACAAAUGGAUUAAGCAACUAUGGUACUGGACUAGAGUCAAAUUUAUCAUCUUAAGAUCUGGAACACAAUAUUCAGGGAGGAAAAAGGCAAUAGUUACAUCCACAAAAAAUAUCAAAGGGAGCUGUCAAAUAGAUGAUCCUGCCAUCAGUGGAACUUUGUGAUAUCUGGAUAUUGUCUGCAUUUUUUAGUAAUAAAGUCAAAACUAUACCCAGAAUUUACUAGGCUUAUUGCUUACUUUGAGUGAUGCCAUACCAAAGUUAUCCACUGCAGCGUCUUAUAAUAUGUCUCUGAAUUUUUUCUUUGCAAAUUCCUUGAUGGUAAUAGGUAAGAUUAUUGGAUUUAUUAACAUCAUUGUUUUUAUAUUGGAUCCUUAUCUUGAUUGCCUUGUAAGUGCCUCUAAGUAUUUUGUCCUACAGGUUCUUCAAAACAGAAUCUUCUGCUGACCUAAAGAAGAUGAUGCUAUCAACUAUUAGCCAGAGUCCAAUGUUCUAAAUUUAACCAAGCUGGGACUGCAGUUAGAGUGACUGUAACAUCAUUUGUCUUCAGCCUUUUCUAUCUAGAUUUAGAACAGAAUUUGGCAGAUAGAUAGAUAGAUAGAUAGAUAGAUAAAAGAACUAAAAGAAAUAUUAUACUGUGAGACACGUAAGGCAGUGCUAUUCACUCAUGGGGUGGUGAGUUGGACUUGCAUUCUGAUUGAUCCAUUUUCUUUGUUACAAGUAUGUAAUAAUAAUUUCUGCUUGACCUCUUGGAAAUUAUUCUGCAUUUAGUAAUAUUUCAACUUGCUUGAUUAGUUAUUGACUACAAUAAAGAUACUGAUUCUAAUUUC